GUUUACGUCCAGAAUUGUGGCGACAUCUAUUGAAUGUUUAUGGGGGAAAACGAGAAGGUAACAACAUAUUUUUUCGAAAUACAAUUGACACUAUAAAGCAGCGUCAAUUAACCGUCACAUCCAUAAGAGCGCUUCGUUGACGAUAUCAACAGAGAUUAAGCGAGUCCGUGAGGAUGGGAGGAGCCGUGAGUGCGGGGGAGGAUAACGAUGAGUUGAUUGACAACCUGAAGGAGGCUCAGUACAUCCGCUCGGACCUGGUGGAGCAGGCCUUUAGGGCCAUAGACAGGGCCGACUACUAUCUGGAAGAGUUCAGAGACAGUGCCUACAAGGACCUGGCCUGGAGGCACGGCAACAUCCACCUCUCAGCACCCUGCAUCUACUCCGAGGUGAUGGAGGCCUUGGAUCUCCAGCCUGGCCUGUCCUUCCUCAAUCUGGGCAGUGGUACGGGCUACCUCAGCACUAUGGUGGGACUCAUACUGGGUCCAUUUGGAGUGAACCAUGGGGUGGAGCUGCACCAAGAUGUCAUUGAGUAUGCAUACCAGAAACUGGAGUUUUUCAUCAAGACCAGCGACAGCUUCGACAGGUUUGAGUUCUGUGAGCCCUGCUUCGUGAUGGGGAACUGUCUGGAGAUAGCCCCAGAGAGUGGUCAGUAUGACAGGGUGUAUUGUGGAGCUGGGGUGCAGCAGGAGCAGGAAGACUACAUGAAGAACCUGCUCAAAGUGGAGGGAAUCCUAGUGCUGCCAUUGGAGGAGAAGUUGACCAAGAUCACUCGAACAGGCUACAACAGCUGGGAGACCAAAAACAUCAUUGCUGUGUCCUUUGCCCCACUGGUGUUGCCCAAACACAGAGAUAACAGUAAACCCAAAGCAGUGCCUUUACCGACCAUGUUUGAGGUGCGGACUCUGCAGGACUUGGCUCGCAUCUCUAUCCGUCUGACGUUAAAGAAGACAGUGGCGGGGCCAGGGCCGUUGCCCAGGAGGAGGUUGGCCCACAACGGGGAGCAGCUCCGGCGGGCCCAACACUGUGGCUCCACCCUGCUUUCCAACCGCUACGUAUUCAUGAGCCGCCUCAUCCCUGGGCCGAUGGACGACAACAACCGCUCAGACACAGAAGAGGAGGAAGAAGAGGGGAACUGCAGGAUUCUAGGAGAACCUGAGGAAGAGGAGGAGCAGGAGGAAGAGGGGGAGGAGAGUAGGGAGGGCGGUGCCCUUCUACAUGAGGCUCCAGUGAACCUGCUAAGAGAAAGGAUCCUGGGCCUGCCGCUCCCUGAGCCUCUGAAGAUGUACAUGCUCCACUACAGAGAGAAGUAGAGAGGGACAGGAGACAAGAAGCUGUGCUCCCAUUCUCUAACUUGUUACCAUCCCUAUGCUCUUGACUCCCCUUUAUGUAUACAAAAGUAAUUAAUGUGUAAGGAAUAGGCUGAUAACUCCACGGGAAUGGCUAAAAUGAGUUCCCAUCCGAAUUCAAAAUGUAAGCCCUAGAAACUUCAUGUUGAAGUGAAUAACUAGAAGAAUUGGAUAAGUAGAAGCAAUAUGGUAAUAGCUCCAUCUCCCCCUUUCCCGAUAGCCUAGGUACGCCUAUCUAAUCUACAGAGGUGCUUAAGGGGUAGAGGUCGAGGUUGGAAAAACAAGGAUUUAGGGUUUGGGAGCUUCCUUAGGGUCACCCCUACCCCCAGAAGCCCUCACCACCACCAGCAGCCCCCUAGGACUAUUCCAAUAACCCCUCUGAACACUAGACUCAUCUCACUCAAUGCCCCACCCAUGAACUUUAUCUCCCCCUCUUUUGGGGUAUCUUGUCUCGUGCCUGACACUGGCACCCAGUCUCGAAGACCUUCUUUCCACCCUCUUUGAAUUUUGUAAAUGUGAUUUUUCUGAGAAUGAUGAUUUUGACUGUGACUGAACAAUUCAGGGGAGCUUUUGAGAUCAACUUACAAGAACUGAAAGCCCCAAAUGGUGUGGAAAUAUUUGCUCAUUCUGUGUUCACAUCUGUAAGAUCUUCUCAUAUCUUACUGUGCUCUGCAUUGAAUAUACUUGUUGAGAGCAGGGGUGACAAAUAAAAGUAAUUUAACUGAAGAGACCAUUUCUGUUAAGGCAAAUGUCAAGAGGGCUACAGGCACGAAACAAGUAUAUUAACACAUUUUUACACAGUAUAGCAAAGAAAUUACCACAUUGACAAACAGCAUUACCCGAAUUCACUCUCGUUUUGUGAAUUCUUAUUUCUUCAACAUCAAAUAAUGGGAGACUGCAAAUGCCUUUGGACCGUAAGAACACCUUUGGAUUAGGGGUAGAAAGUGAGUGUGGGAAAGCUAUUUACUAUUAGGUUCUCAAAGCAGAUCUGUAAUUAAAGUAGUAAAUAAUGUACAGUGAGGUCCAAAGGUAUUUGGACAGUGAUACAUUAUUUUGUCUCUGUACUCCAGCACUUUGGAUUAAAAUUUUUACACUAUAUAUACAAAAGUAUGUGGACACCCCUUCAAAUUAGUGGAUUUGGGUAUUUCAGCCACACCCGUUGCUGACAGGUGUAGAAAAGCUCUCAGAACGGGCCCGCCGAGUACUGAAACAAGUAGCGUAUAAAAAUCGUCUCCUCGGUUACAACACUCAGUACCGAGUUCCAAACUACCUCAGGAAACAACGUCAGCACAAUAACUGUUCGUCGGGAGCUUCAUGA